CUGAAUCCACCCCUAAGAUUUCAUAUUGAGGAGAACUUAAAUAAUUAAGCCCCCAGACUGCUCCAUCUUCCACCAUCUCCUCUCCUCUCUCUCUCUCUGGAUCUCUGUUUUCCUUUCCUUCUCCGCCCAAUUGGGGGUUCCUUCCUAAAUGAGUCUUGGACUUCCAGACACCGACACCCCAGGGGUUCCCAAUCCCGACGACUUCAUAAGCAUGCACCACCACCACCACAAUCUCAACCCCCACCCCCACCAUUAUUACUUUCUCCACGACGCGGCCCCCCAGGAGCAGCGCAUGCUGGAGUACACGCGGUCACUAUCUCAGGGGACGGCGAGGCGAUUGGUGCCCGCGGCCACGUAUUUGGCGGUGCUGGUGUGCCUGGCGGCGUCGCUGUUGAUCCUCCCGUUGAUUCUACCGCCGUUGCCGGCGCCGCCGUUGAUGCUGCUGUUGCUUCUUCCCAUUGGUAUUUUGGGAAUGCUGAUGGUGUUGGCGUUUAUGCCUUCGAAUGACGCCAAGGAUAUUAGUUCCUCUCAUACAUCUAUGUAAUCUAAAUCUCUCCUUCUUCGUUCUGGAAAUUUUGUAUCGCUCUGUUUUGUUGAGCUACAGAAUUAAGAGACACUCAAAAAGGGUUCUUUCGUUACUUGGAAAUCAUAUAUUUUAGGCAAUAAAACUGAGUCCCAAAU